CCCGCCGGUGAGAAAGGCGUAGCAAGUCCUGUUGGCUAUACAGCUAUACAGAGUAUAGUCCAGUGCAUCAUCUAUUUCCGGGGCAGCAAGGGCAAAGCAAACUGGAGAAGAGCGUUGUGCCCUGGCUCGCGCACUUUCGCACCAUUUUGCACAUUUUAAUCAGGGCUUUUGUCCGUUACUUAAGUCUUCUCCUCUGUGUCUUCUGUUCACCUCUUUUGUCUUGUUAGCCAAUUGUCUUCAACCACCUACACAAGCUUCUCUGCUGUGAAGGCGAGUGAGCCUGCUUAGUUACAAGGGCCUUGUCAUCCUCUUUCUCUUCGGGGGUCAAGUGUCAGCAUCCCUCAAUUACCGCAUCUUUACAAUGGCUGAAGAAGGAAUAAAGUUCGUCGAGCCAUCCACCACAGUGGCUUCAGCAGACUCGGGAGAUGAUGAGAUCUUCCACGUGGAGCCACGCCCUGGUGCGAGGAUUCGAUUUGGGAGCCGUGAUGAGGAGUCGGGCAAGCGGAUCAACCUCCCCAGGCUGUCUCGGACAAACACGAAUAGCUCACAGUUGACAACGUCGACUAUGAGAGGCCGUCGAACGUCGAUUGAUCCCGCAACUGCUCUGCCAAUUACCUACCGGACCGUUUCGUACGCUAUCGAAGAGACGAAAGAAAAGGAACGCAUUGAGGCGACACGGGCAAAGAAAGAUGCCGCUGCAGAACUCGGCGACCUUGAGUGGCACACUCUCUCGAUUAACGAGGUUGAGACACGUUUAUCGACGUCGCUCGUUCACGGUCUUUCUCAGGAACAGGUGGAGAGGAAAGCCAAGGAGUUUGGAAAAAACAUGCCCUCCAAGCCACCUAGUGACUUGCUAUCACGGGUCUUUGGCUACCUGUUUGGAGGGUUUGGCUCUAUCCUGCUCAUCGCCGGUAUUCUUGUUACGAUCACUUACAAACCUCUUGGAGAGCCCGAUCCGCAAGUGGCCAAUCUUGCCCUUUGUAUCGUUCUAUUUGCAGUCUUCGUCAUUCAAGCUCUUUUCAACGCCUGGCAGGACUGGUCUUCUUCCCAGACGAUGGCAUCGAUUUCUGGGAUGCUCCCGGAGGCUUGUUUCGCCCUUCGAGACGGUAAUCGAGUCGAAUUGCAGGCAGUCGACCUAGUGCCAGGCGAUAUCAUUUACAUCAAGUCAGGCAACAAGCUCCCCGCAGAUGUUCGAUUCGUGGAAGUUUCUUCAGAUGCGAAGUUUGACCGUUCGAUCCUAACUGGCGAGUCCUUGCCGAUACCUGGAUCUGUCGAUUCUACGGAUGCGAACUAUCUAGAAACCCAAAACAUCGGUAUGCAAGGCACUCAUUGCAUAUCGGGAAGUGCUUUAGGUAUCACUGUCAGCACUGGAGAUAAGACCGUCUUUGGCAAGAUUGCAAAGCUCACAAAUACACCAAAGACCGGCUCAUCCACCCUUCAGAAGGAGAUCAUGAGAUUCGUGAUUAUCAUCUGUUCAAUGAUGAUCUUUUUCAACAUUAUCGUCAUCGUCUGCUGGGGUGCCUGGCUGCGAAAGGACCACCAUAACUGGAUCAGCGUUGGUGGCCUUAUCAUUGAUAUUGUUACAGUCGCAGUGGCUUUUGUCCCAGAGGGUCUACCGAUUGCUCUUACAGCCUCUUUGACGAUCACGGCGGGAAUCAUGAAGAGUAAUCAGGUCCUUUGCAAGAGCUUAAAGACAGUUGAGACUCUUGGCGCCGUGUCGGUGAUUUGCUCGGAUAAGACAGGCACAUUGACCAAGAACAAAAUGUUUGCCACUCAUUGUUCAGUUGGGACAAAGACUAUGACACCAGAAGAGGCUAGAGACUUCAUGAUCUCCUCUGGAGAAUCCCAUAGCUCAGUAGCCCAGCUCCGCUUACUUGCUGGACUCUGCAAUGCUGGGGAGUUUGAUGCUGCUACUAUCGACCUCCCACUCGCAGAACGUAAGAUUGCUGGGGAUGCUACGGAUCAGGCCGUGCUUCGAUUGUCAGAGAGCUUAGGACCGGUUCGUGACCUACAAUUACUAUGGAAAAAGACUUUCGAGCUGGCAUUCAACAGCAAGAACAAGUUCAUGAUCCGCACUUUGGCGUUGACGGACCCCUCAGGACUCAAAGCUGCUCUUUCACCCAGCGAGGCAGAAGCAUGGAAAUCGGAUGAUCUUCUUCUGACGAUUAAAGGGGCACCUGAUAUUAUCGUCGAGCGCUGUACCGCAUACGUUGAUGAGAACGGCAACGUGUGCUCUCUUACCCCGGAAAUGAAGACAGCGAUUGAAGAGAUCAAAAACAAGUGGUCAAGCGAAGGGAAGCGUGUUAUCCUCCUCGCAAGAAAAAUCCUCCCAGGACAUCAAAGCACCCACGUCCCGGAGAACAACGAUUUCGAGAAGGAAAUAAUGCACCAGGCUGGUAAUGAUCUGACCUUGGUCGGGCUUAUUGGUAUCGUUGAUCCUCCUAGAGAUGAGAUUCCGGACGUGAUGCGUAUCCUCCGCGGCGCUGGCAUCAGAAUCUUCAUGGUUACUGGUGACUUCAAACUCACUGCCCAGGCAAUCGCAAUUGAGUGUGGUAUCAUCAGCAAUCCCGCGUCCAUGGUCCAUGAUAUAUCGAUGCUCUCAAGAGACCCUGUUGUUCCUAAACAGGACGGCCCAAGUGUUAGUGAGAAGGAUCUCGAAUGGACAAAUGGGGGUACCGCUCGAUCAAUCACGCUCAGUGGCCCCGAGCUCAUCACACUUAAUGACAACCAAUGGGAUCAGCUCUGCCAAUACGAAGAGAUUGUCUUUGCUCGUACAACGCCAGAACAAAAGCUUCGCAUUGUUAAGGAAUUCCAGAAACGGGAAAAUAUAGUCGGAAUGACCGGAGAUGGAGUAAACGACGCACCCUCCCUGAAAGCCGCUGAUAUUGGUAUUGCCCUUGGAAGUGGUUCUGACAUCGCUAUCGAAGCUGCGGACAUGGUCCUCCUUGAUUCCUUCGGUGCCGUUGUCGAAGCUGUGAAAUACGGCCGCGUUGUCUUCGACAAUCUCAAGAAGACUAUCAUCUACCUUCUUCCCGCUGGUACUUUCUCCGAGUUCUGGCCUAUCAUGACGAGCGUCCUCCUCGGUCUUCCCCAAAUUCUCAGUUCUUUUCUGAUGAUUAUGAUUUGCUGUCUUACUGAUUGCGCUGCUGCCACCGUUCUUGCGUACGAGAAGCCAGAGGCGGAUGUCCUUCUGCGCAAGCCUCGAAACAUAAAAAAGGAUAAGCUUGUCAACUGGAGACUCCUCUUCCACGCCUACAUCUUCCUCGGUGUGCAAGAGACGGUGUCUUCGUUUGCAGUCUCCUACUGGUAUGCGCAACGCAAAGGCAUCCGUUUCUCCGCUCUAUGGCUUUCAUAUGGAAUUUAUCCAUCUUACCCUCCUUACAACGACACCGCCUACGUGAAUAAGGUCCUGGCUGAAGCGUCGUCCAUCUACUUCGUCAAUCUUGUCAUCAUGCAAUGGUUCAACUUGAUGGCAACCAGGACGCGGAGACUCUCAAUCUUCCAACAACCUCCCGCUUUCAACAAAGCGACGCAGAAUCUAUAUCUCUUCCCGGCCAUUCUUUUCGCCUUGGUAGUCAUUUUCAUCUUCCUCUAUAUUCCCGGUCUCGCGAGGGCCAUCGGCUCGUCUGGCAUCCCGGUCGAAUACUUCUUCUUGCCGAUUGCGUUCGGUCUCUGGGUCCUCUUCACCGAUGAGAUGAGAAAGUUUUGGGCUAGAAAAUACCCUAAUGGUUGGGUUGCUUGGUUGGCAUGGUAAUAUGGCGUUGGUGGUAGAGCGCGUUACCGAGUAUAUAUAGCAUUGAGCCACCAAAAGUGCUUUAGCAUAGCAUGGGCAGGAUUCAUGACUUCUGAUGAUAGACGUUUGAAUAAAAAUAGCAUAUAGAUGAUAGAUAUAUCAGCUACAGGCAUCAAAGCAUGCUGGAUAAUGCUUUAGCGGAAAUGAGAAUAUGAAUUAAGAGUUAUUAAAGAG